ACAUUUGACAUUGACAUUAAGUAUGUAUUUGUGACAUUAGAGUGUCGAACGCGAUAUUAUUUUUUGUAUAAAUUUAAAAACUGUAAUUUGCAAUGGCAGGUAAUUUCUGGCAAAGUUCUCAUCAUCAACAAUGGAUAUUAGACAAACAAGAUCUUAUACGAGAUCGUCAACACGAUUUAGGAAUACUGUCUGAAGAGGAAUAUCAAAAAAUAUUUAACUUCUUUGCAAGCAUAAUUCAGGUUUUGGGUGAACAGUUAAAACUUCGUCAACAAGUUAUAGCCACAGCUACAGUAUACUUCAAAAGAUUUUAUGCAAGAAACUCUUUAAAAUGUAUUGAUCCAUUGUUAUUAGCACCAACAUGUGUGUUCCUUGCUUCCAAAGUUGAAGAAUUUGGUGUUAUCUCAAACUCACGACUAAUUACUACUUGCCAAACAGUAAUUAAAAACAAAUUUAGCUAUGCAUACGGCCAGCAGGAAUUUCCAUACAGAACUAAUCACAUUUUGGAGUGUGAGUUUUAUUUAUUGGAAAAUUUAGACUGCUGCUUGAUUGUGUACCAGCCAUACAGGCCUCUACUAUUGUUCGUUCAAGAUAUUGGACAGGACGACCAGCUAUUGACUUAUGCUUGGAGAAUUGUGAAUGAUUCCCUGCGAACUGAUGUCAGCUUGUUGUACCCACCUUAUCAGAUAGCAAUAGCUGCACUGCAUAUAGCAUGUGUGAUGCUGAGCAAGGAAAACCACAAGCCAUGGUUUGCUGAACUCAAUGUUGACAUGGAUAAGAUCCAAGAGAUAGUGAGGUCUAUCAUCAAUUUGUAUGAGAUGUGGAAGAGCUAUGAUGAGAAGAAGGAAAUACAAGCUUUGUUAGUUAAGAUGCCCAAACCAAAGCCAGCACCCCAAAGAUAAUACUUGCUAACUUUCAAGUGGUCUAUGAUUACCGUGAGAGGCACAGAUAGAAUAGAUUUUAUGUAAGGGUGGCCAGAGACAAGAUAGUUAUGAAGGAUACUUUGUAAGAGGCAUGUUAAUGACAGUAUUGAGAAAGCCUAGAACUGUUUAUAUUUCUCUUUUAAAUCUCAUUAGGUUCCAAUAACUUUUGACAAUAGUUCGAAUUGAUUAGAAUUAUGGCAUUCAUGUAUGUCUGAAAAGCUACAAACAAAUAUAAUAAUAGAACUCUGAUUUUGUUGAUGUUCCCAUUUCCAGACCAUAUUGGCAUAUUAUUAUGUACUAAAAUAUUGCAACAUUGCAUCUGUAUUAUUACAUUACUAUACUAGAGUUUCCUUUUAUUCCUGACAACUAUCAAAUAAGUCUAUGAUAGAUAUAGGAUUAUUCGAAAAUAACAAAAAUAAUAUUUUUAACAAAACAAAAAAAUAUGUAAAUAGUUGUAUUAACAUUUUAAAUUAACAUUAGAAAUAUGUUCCUACAUUCUUGACUGUAUUUGUAAAGUGUACUGAUUACUUCUUGACAACUUAUUAAUUAGUAACAUAACAUAAUUUUAAGUGGCAAAAUUAGUUUUGAAUUAAACUAAAUAUUUAUUAUUUAAGUUUUUAUCUGUGAAUAUAACUGGGAAACUGUAUUAUGCAUAAAUAUUAUAGUUACUGAAUACAAAAAAAUACCAAACUGUAAUCCAUGAUUUUAUUACUAGGUAACAUUCAUUUCAAUAGUAUAAUAAAACAGAGAGUAAAAUAAAGCUGAGAUGUAAUAUUUCUGAAAUAAUUAUAAUGGUAUUUAUUGUUGUUGGCCAUAUUGUCUAGAUAUUAUAAAACAAAAUAGAAUUGAGUAACAUCGCAAAUGGUGGCCUUCAUUCAUACUACUUUAUAAUAUUUGUACUACUCCCUUUAUUUUAUAAAUAAAUAUUUUUCAAACAAAA